GCUGGUUUCUCUUGUACUUCGACUUCUCCGUCUCUGCUUCUCCUUUGCCUCUGUUCUUUGUUUGUGGCUUGCACAUCCCACAUUGUCUUCCCCAGAAUUUGUGAUAUCUCAUCACCACGAACUAUAAAGCUCUUGGGUCCGUUGCACCGCGCACGCAUCCACACAUCCACCAACUUGAGGGCCGACAAAGCGUUACUGACCCAUCGUCAUGGUCCUUUUCUUCAAGUCGACAGCUAUCGACCCGCCGGUGGUCCUGUACAUGGGUAAAGACAAGGUCGAGAAUGAAGACCUGAUUAAGUACGCCUGGCCGCAAGACAUCUGGUUCCACGUCGACAAGCUCUCGUCGGCGCACGUCUACCUACGCAUGCCGGAUGGCAUGGCUUGGGAGACCAUCCCCGAGCCUCUCCUCGUCGACUGCGCCCAGCUCGUCAAGGCCAACUCAAUCGAGGGGAACAAGAAGGACAACCUUACAAUUAUCUACACGCCUGCAGACAACCUCAAGAAAACGGGCGACAUGGCCGUCGGCCAGGUCUCGUUCCACAACGAUAAGCGGGUCAAACGAAUCCACGUCGCGAGCCGCGAGAACCCGAUCGUGAACCGGCUCAACAAGACGAAGGCCGAGCGGCAGGUCGACCACGAGCAGGAGCGCGUGGACCGCAUCAAGACGGAGAGCGCGGUGCGGCGCGUGGCCGCCCAGCAGAAGAAGAAGACAGACGAAGAGCUUGCGCGUCAGCGCGCCGCGGAGAAGGCUGCUCGCUCGUACGACACGCUGUUCGAGCAGCAGGCGGAAGAGGACGAUGACGGGAUGGCGGAGGCACCAAAGGGAUCCGUGCGCGAGUGGGAAGAGGACUUCAUGUAGAGGUGCUGUGUGGUCACCUCGACAGUCCCGGGUGCCUGUAUACUACUGUAUGCAGCGCGUGUGAUCAGCGGGUCUACCGAAGAGACGUUUGCUGGGCCAUUCGCCGUUCAGGGGCCAUCCCCGAUGAGUGGUUGGGAAAGGUGAGUCAGGAGCUACAUUGAGUCGGAGACCGAGGACCCGUGUUUUACCCAACUUCUGCUCGGUGCUCAUAUUCAACCUCGCACCCUGAUAUGGUGAACGCCGAGCUAGUCCAUCCAAGGUCAAUUUGCGCGAGGCCCUGACGUACUCCCUAUUCCUCUGGCGCAUCAACCUUGAAGCAAUUCGCGGUUCCUUCUUGACUUCUUAGUUUCUGCGAUGCAAGACCGGAGUGGUGUUUUCCAGGUUGCAUGUCCAUGUGCGAGGAUAAUGCGGCCAGCGAUGUCAACCCGGUGCUCAAGGCUUUUCGCGAUUCAGCUAGGUGUGUCUG